AUGAAUCAUCAGUUCCAGUAUUAUCCUAGGGGAUACUACGUAGAUAAUCAGCAGCAUCCUUUCUAUUAUAACCCGCAGCAAUUUGAAGCUCAACAACAGCAACAACAGCAACAAGCUCAACGUGCACAACAACCUCCACAACCUCCACAACCCCAACAAACCCAACAACUCAUUAACCACCAAACACCACCAUUACAACAACCCUCACAACCUCCACUUUCUAUCCAAGAACCCCUUCAAGAUCCUUCCCCUCCAAAGGCUCAAGGUCGCAGACGAAAAGCUGAUACAAAUCACGUGGGUCCACAGCGCAAACCUCGCAGCCAGCCUUCAAAAUUAUUCCAAUGUACUGGUUAUGGUAACUGCAGUAUGCAAUUCACUCGCUCUGAACACUUGGCUAGACACGUUAGAAAGCACACGGGUGAACGCCCAUUCAAAUGCCAUUGCGGUAAAGCAUUUUCUAGAUUAGAUAACCUUCGACAACACGCAGGCACUGUACACGCUGAUCAACCAGAAAUGAAUGAUAGCUUAUUAAAGGGAAUGUCUAACUUACAUUCCCAACUUGCUGCAAACGCUUCAGAAAAGCAAGUUGCUGAUGCUCAAGUCGUUGAUCGUCGUGAUGGCUCCGCCGUUCCAACUGAAUCUCAAAGAGGUAGAAAGCGUCAAACAACUAAGAAACUAGCAACGAUGUCUUCAACGCCAAGUAGCUCUCCUAUACCAACUACCUCUGCUCAACCUCCUCUACCACAAGCUCAUAUGACACACACUCCACCAACUGAUCACAUUCAACACCGUCCAACUUUCCCAAAUCAACAUAUAGUUCUACAAGGGAACGGUUUCAAUUGGUCAUCUAAUAUGUAUCAACCUCAAAGUGCUCAACCGCUAAUUCCUUCUCCUGCUGCCUCAAUUCAACAACCUCAUCAGUCUCAUCCAAUGUUGCAUUCAGCUUCAAUGCCUACAAAAUCACAUCCACACACAGCUUAUGCUUCAUCUUCAGCUCCAAUAAUGGAUGCUCAUCCUUCAAAUUCUUCAACUUCAGCUUCUUCCGCUGCUCCGCCUGUUUUAGAAGAAUGGUCACCGCAUAAUCAAACUCCUGCUAUUCCUCAUGCUUUGAGACCAACGCCAACUUCUACCCCGAUUCCUUUAGUUAGAGAUACCCCUGAAAGUAUUCAAAGUACACAAGAAGCAGGAAGGCUUCCUUCAAUAGCUUCAGUUGUUGAACAGCACCAGCAUCAACAAAUGCAUCAUCAACAGCAAUUGCAGCGUCAACAUCAACUGCAACAUCAUCAUCAAAUGCAACAGCAACAACAACAACAGCAGCAAGAAAUCUAUCAGGCUCCCCUGUUACCAUCUCCAACUCAAACUACAACCUAUAAGCCACAUUCCAGCCAAGGUCAUAGGCCAUCUACUUCUGAGUACUUUACUGCAACUAGCUACUUUGAUCCAACUUAUCAAAUUCCUUCAAACCUUCAACCACUACCCUUCCGCAAGAAUAGCUUCCAAUCCAAUGGAAUGUUUGGUUAUCAACCACCAUCAGAUAAUCAACCAAACCAAUCUGAGCCUGCUCAACAAAGUAACAAUAAUGGUGGUACAACAUGGGAUGAAUAUUCAAUCAGACCUAGAUCAUCAAGGAAGAGUAAUGUAGGUUUCAAUGAUAGCGUUCCAUAUCUACCACCACCUUCUUCGGCUGGUAUUCACGUACCAUUCGGUUCGUCAAGACCAGUGUCUUCUUCUGAAGCUUUGAGACCGUUAUCUUCUGCGAACAACGAAUCAUCAUCGAUUAUGAAUCAAAAUCAAUUUAAUCAAUCACAGCAAGCUUCAAAUGUUUUCAAAUUCGAUGCAAUCACUAGAGCUGACGGUGAAGAAGUUGAAGAGGAAGAUGAAGAUUAUGAAGAGUAUGAAGAAAGACCAGAUACCAAUGCUUCAAGGAGACAGUCUAUUCUUGACUUAUGUGGCGGUGAAGCUGGUCCGCGUCAGAACAAGGAAUACGAUGAGAGUAACUCUGAAUCUCAUAACGUUCUUCCACCUUUGAAGAACGUUGAUUCAAAGGAAGAACUUAUUGGCUUGGGUAUUAAACAAGAAUAA